AUGAAGUGCCUGCUCUUCACCUCGGCAAUGGCCGUCAUUGCCCUUUUCACCAUUGCCGCUGAAGGCGCCGGCCUGAAGGUUGGGUUCUACAGCAAGAGCUGCCCAUCAGCAGAGAACCUGGUGCAGCAGGCAGUGGCUUCUGCCGUCAAGAACAACAGUGGUAUCGCCGCUGGUCUCAUCCGGUUGCACUUCCACGACUGUUUUGUCAAAGGCUGUGACGGCUCAGUCCUGAUCGACUCAACCGCAAACAAUACUGCUGAGAAAGAUGCCAUCCCAAACAAGCCCAGCCUCCGCGGCUUCGAGGUCAUUGAUGCCGCAAAGAAGGCCAUCGAGGCCAAAUGCCCCAAAACAGUCUCGUGCGCAGACAUCCUUGCCUUCGCCGCCCGCGACAGCAUCGCGCUAGCAGGUAAUGUUACUUACAAGGUACCUGCCGGGCGCCGCGACGGCAGGAUAUCCACUGACCAGAAUGCCCUCAGCAACCUCCCAUCCCCGCUCUCCACGGCGUCUGAGCUGGUCGGCAACUUCACCCUCAAGAACCUCACAGCAGAGGACAUGGUCGUCCUAUCUGGUGCCCAUACCAUAGGUGUCUCACACUGCUCAUCCUUUACGAACAGGCUAUAUGGCUUCAGCAACACCAGUCAGGUUGAUCCUACGAUGAGCUCUGCCUAUGCCUUCCUGCUAAAGAACAUAUGCCCUGCCAACAGCAGCCGGUUCUUCCCGAACACGACGAACGAUAUGGACAUCAUCACCCCGACAGUGCUCGACAACAAGUAUUAUGUGGGUCUGACAAACAACUUAGGCCUGUUCACGUCAGACCAGGCAUUGCUCACAAACUCGACUCUGAAAGCAUCAGUUGACGAGUUUGUGAAGAGCGAGAAGACAUGGAAGAGCAAGUUUGUCAAGUCCAUGGUUAAGAUGGGGGACAUUGAGGUGCUAACGGGAACACAAGGAGAGAUAAGGCUCAGCUGCAGGGUCAUAAACAAAGGGAGUGUUGGUCUUGAGCUUAAUAAUGUCGCCAACUUUGGUGAAUUCGCUGAAAUAGCGACAAGCUAG